CUGACAGACAUAAGCGGCAAUAGUUUUGUGGAGAGUCUGUGCGCGCCUCCAGAGGCGGAUCCAUCGGUCGAAAGCAAUCGAUACAUACGAACCAUAGCUGAGGAUAAAAUUCUGGGCAUUUAUGACGCGGAGACCACCGCUGAUGACAAAGAUAGUGCUCUCAAGGAUGAAGUGCUUCAGUUCGCCACCAAUUGUCCCAAUUGUUCGGCGCCCGCCUUCACUAACAUGAAAGUCACGCAGAUCCCACACUUCAAGGAAGUGGUAAUAAUGGCCACCAAUUGUGACUCCUGUGGCCAUAAGACCAAUGAAGUGAAGCCCGGCUCCGGUAUUGAGGAGAAAGGCAUACGAAUA